UUAGUGUCUGGUCACCUCCGGGUUUUAGUCAUUGUGUCGUUUCUCUUGAAGGUGUUGCUCUGACCGUUCCCAUGAGGGGAAUUACACAUCUGCUGCUCCUGGCAGCGUUUGUGCUCCUGGGAAGAUGUCAGCUAAAGCCACAUGUUACUAUGUCCCCCGAACUCAAGGAGAUCUUCCAGGGAGACUUGUUUUAUCUGAAAUGUUCAGGUAAAAGCAAUGUGAUUUGGUACUUCAACGAAGAACAACUUCCACCGACAAGCGACACCUGGAAGAUAGGAGUGGCUGCCCCCAAACACUCAGGCAAUUAUCAAUGUGAGAGCAAUCAGCAAAAGAGUGAGAAUUUCAACAUCAAAGUCUUAGAUUACGUUCCCAUUGCAUCACUCACCAUCGAGACAGGCCAUCCAGUGGUGCGGCGCGGAGAUUCGGUUACUCUGCAGCUUGACAAUGAGGAUGGUCUUCAGGGGUGGAUGUGCUGGGUCUAUAGAGGAGAGAAGUCAAAGAAGAUUAAGUUGAAGAUUAAAAACAACACUGUGAGUUUGGUCUUUCAGGUUAAUAGACUGAGCGUCCCAGAGACCAUUUACUGGUGUAGUAAUGAUACUCAACGCAGAAGUAACCAAAUCACACUCAGGACCUCAGAUAAGGAUAUCUCGCUGGAGAUGUAUCCUCUGCCUGCUGUAGUUGGGGAGACUCUGACCCUGAAGUGCCUGGCCUGGGGUACAGAUCAAAUCAGCCACGCCGCUUUCUACAAAGACAAUGGUAUCCUUUCGAGCGGCGCCAGUCCUACCCACACAAUCUCUAACGUGACAGAAUCUGCAAUGGGAAGAUAUAGGUGUCAGGCCACCUUCACGUACACAAUUAAUCCUCCCGGCGCCCCAUACCAAGUGACCUCUGAGGAUCAAGAUGUGUUUGUCCAAGUGCCUCCUUUACUGAGGGCUUUUCUCUCUUCUGGCAUGUCAUGUUCAUGUCCACAUUGCCCCAAUUCAAGCCCCUACCAUUGGUAUAAGUAUGAAGAUCGGCAAUGGGCAGCUAUUGGUUCCAGCCCACCGAAAUCAGGCGGUACCUAUGCAUGUAGAGCUGUGUGGCACAUCGGGAGAUCUUCUCUCAGUAACGUCGUCAACAUCAUUUCAGAUCAACCUCCAAUCCUAAUCAUUUUACUUUGUGUGAUGGGCGGACUGGGAUGUAUUUUAGGAGCUGUGGUAUUGUUCAGAUAUUUUAGGAAGAGAACAGGAGCAAUUUACGAGGAUUUGCCACUGAGGUCAGCAGAUGAGAAUUAUGAGAUGCUGCAGAAGGGUGCCCAAAGGGAGGGCGAGUACGACCUCCUCCAGGCAGGAGCAACAGGUGGACAGAGGAGAACGGAGGAAUAUGAGGCACUGAAUAAGGAUGAAAUGAAAGAGGGGGUGUACCACACUGUGAAAAUUGAGGGUGCAGAAGGAGCAGAGGGAGGGUAUGAAGCACUGAAUAAAGAGGGAAUGACAGGGGGGGAGUACCACACUGUUAAAAUAAAGGGGGAAGUUGGAGCAGAAGGAGGAUAUGAGGCACUGAAGAAAGAGGGAAUGAAAGGUGGGGAGUACCAAACGCUGGGAAUGGAGGGCACAGGUGGAGGUGAGUUAGGAGGGAAGAAGGACAGAGACUGAGAAUAUGAGAUAGUGAGGGAGAAGGAGGACAAGGCAGAGAAACAAAAGACUAGACAGUGAACAGAUAGGUCUCAUAGCUUCAAUCAUCCUUUUACCUUUUUCUUUUCAGGUCAGGUAAUGUCUUGGUCAUGAUGUUAAAAUGAUUUGACUAAACCAACAUUACAGUGCUGUAUGGGGAAUGUAAAUAGAUGAAGGUGGCUUUGGCUCAUGCAUUCUGUAAAAAAAAGCUUUUGAUUUGAAUAAAAUAAUUUAGAU